CGUCGUUCACUUCAAAGAUCCGGCUCUUAGAACCGGAUCGUUCGCGACCGACACAUCACUACCGUCCCCAACUGUCACAUUGUGAAGAUGGCGGCCUCCAUCACGGGGUUAUUAAAACCCUGGUCACCAAGAGUGUUCCUGGUGCGAUGGAGCAGAUACAACCCGUACUACCUGGAGCCGGAGAUCAGCAAGGAGGCCUACAGCAAACCAGAGUCGGAGCUGAGUGCCGAGGAGAAAGAGGAGCGGCAGCUCAAAACGAUCAGACCCAUCAAGGCAGCAACCAGUGGAGUCACCAGCUCUGUUUUCUGUGACCCGGUCAUCAGUAAAUUCAUCAACAUGACAAUGCAAAACGGAGACAAGGUUUUGGCUCGAGAGAUCUUGACACAGACCCUGGAGGACAUAAAGAGGAAACAGGUGGAGAAAUACCACAAAGCUCCAGAAGGGAAGAAGGAAGAGAUCGAGUGUAACCCCUACACCAUUUUUCACCAAGCUCUGGAGAACUGUAAGCCUAUCGUCGGGCUGGCCAGCAUACAGAAGGGUGGAAAGUACUACCAGGUGCCCAUCCCUCUUUCGGACAACAGACGUCGCUUCCUCGCCAUGAAGUGGAUGAUCACAGAGUGCAGGGACAACAAACACCGACGCACACACAUGUAUGAAAAACUUUCCCAGGAACUGCUGGCAGCUUUUGUGAAGGAGGGCAACGUUAUCAAGAAGAAGCAUGAGCUGCACAAGAUGGCUGAAGCCAACAGAGCCUACGCUCACUACCGCUGGUGGUAGAAAGAGAAACCACAGGACUGAAACAUGUUUCUUCAGACCGGACAGACGUGGUGUUGGUCACAGCUAUUGUAAAUAGUGAAAAUCCUUUAAUGGAAGGACAACAGUGAAAGGGUGACAGAGAUUUUUUUGUUUUUUUUUGUAUUGAGAAACUGUGUCUGUACAAUAAAGUAUUGCAAUAGUAUUGCACCCAAUAAACACAUAAAACUGACUUCAUGAAAAAUGUCCACGGUUUAUUAGAACAAAUAAUCUUGCAUUAAAUGUACAACCCAACCAUAAAAAAUGGAACCGAGUAAUGUAAAAAUGUUUCAGCACUGUAAUAAAAUAUAUAAACAUAAA